AGAAAACAGAGUAAUUGAGGAAGAUGGAAAGAGAGAACCGAGAAGAUAACACAAUCUACCAUCACUACCACCUCCACCCCCUCAAGCUCACCGAUGUAGUGCAGGAGGCGGCGACUUUUUGCUGCGGCUGCCGGAGAGCCUGCUCCGGCAAAGCCUACAAGUGCGACUCUUGCGACUUUCUCUUAGACACCACCUGCGCACGGCUGCCCCAAAAGCUCCGCCACCCUGCCCACCCCACCCACCUCCUCACCCUCCGCUUCCUCCCCAACUACGCCAGCGGCAGAUUCCUCUGCGACGCCUGCGGCCACGACGGCGACUCGUUCUGCUACAACUGCCCCCAAUGCGAUUUCGACCUCCACCUCCCCUGCGCCGCUGUCCCCCGGAAGCUCCGCCAUAGGUCCCACCCCCACCCUCUCGACCUCGUCACCGACUGCAAGGGCCCUACGGCCGUUGCCAUUAAGCACCGCGUCUGCGAUCUCUGUCAGGGUGAGGUCGACGCUGCGUCUCAGUGGUUCUAUCUCUGCAGAGCCUGUGACUUCGGCGGCCACGUAGUCUGCUUCGUGUCCGACGACGUCCACGCGCCGAAUAAGAUUGCCAGAGGAUCACAAACAGAGCAUGCGAAUAUGGGGCAGCAACUGCUGGAUCUCCAGCUGCAGUUGCAGGCGAGCAUGAUGACCGCCGACAUCAUGGUGCAAGGAGCCAGAGCCGUGGCCAAUCUAGCUCCGGACUCGGGACCUUAUCGGUACAGCUACUACGGCUCUGGGCCACUUCCGAGCCAGUACGCUGCCAUGGCCAACUCCAUGGUCAUGAACAAUUUGGCUUUGUUGUCCAUCAACAACACUGCAAAUUCUAGUGCUGCAGCCGAACCCCAGUCAUCAAGUUUAACCAUGGGAAGGCUCGGCGGUGGCAGCGAUUCUCCGAGGACCAACCGCGCCGCAGCGGCAUCCGGUGACGAUCCAUGGGUCACCCACUUCAGCCACCCUCAUCACCUACAGCUCACGCCGCCGGACCCAUCGCAGCCGCCUCCCAUAUGCGCCGGUUGCGACUCCCGCGUCUCAGGCAGCGCUUAUUACUUCUGCGAGCCGUGUAACUACGCGCUGGACGCCUCCUGCUUCCAGAUGCCUCGGCGGAUCCGCCACCCGGCGCACAAGGACUCCAUGAACAUCUCCGUCGGCGACGCCGCGUCUAGCUGCCGAGCGUGCGGCCGAGCGUGCGGCGGAUUCGUGUUCCUGUGCGAACCUUGCGGUUACCAGGUGCACUGCCAGUGCGCCGCGAAGCAGCUCACGCUGAAGCACCGGGCGCACCAGCACGCGCUCCACCUCGUCUUCUCCCCGCCGUACGAGGAGAAGGUGUUCUCUUGUGACGUGUGCUGUGGCGCCGGGACGGACCACUGGCUAUAUCGCUGCGCGACAUGCGAUUUCGAUAUUCACAUCGAGUGUGCUACGCCCGCAUCGAAGCCGGCGGGAAAUCUGCAAACAGCGACUAGUUCACGGCAAACAGAGCAGAAAGCUCGGCCACGGCCACGAGGCCGACAGCCAUCGCAUUCUGGAGAUGGGAGCGAAAGCAGCAGCGAAUCGGGUAGAGAUCAAGAUGGAGGAGACGAUGGUGCAUUGACUUUCGCGCCCGAUCCGAUUCAAUCCCGGCCACAACGGCCUCGGAGUCGAUUGGGGCAACGUGGCCGUGGGAGACAGACUCAGGGAUCCCUAGAGCCACCUGCUCCACUGCCGGUGGCGCCCCAAUGGUCACCUGCACCGCGGCAACGGGCUUCCCAGCCGCAAGUAGGAGAUGGCAGUGACAGCGGCAGUGAAUCGAGUGAAGAUCAAGAUGGAGAAGACAAGGGCGCACAGCAGACUCUGACCAGGCCUCAGGGUCAGUUGGGGCAGCGUGGACGCGGGAGACAGCAACGGGGAUCUCAACAGCCACCUGCGCCACUUCCAGCGGCAACGCAACGGCCAUCUGCACCACGGCAACGGGCUUCCCCGUCGCAAGCUGGAGAUGGCGGUGACAGCAGCAGCAGCGAAUCGUGCGGAGAUCGAGAUGGAGAAAACAACGAAAUGGCCCAGCAGACUCUGCCCCGACCUCGGACUAAGUUGGGGCAGGGUGACCUUCGGAGACAGCAACUGGGAUCACUGCAGCCAUCUGCGCCACUGCAACAAGCACGGCCGCAACAAGCACAAUCACCGGCCAUGGGGCAUCUAAGUCCUCGGCGGCCGCUGGGACAGUCUCCUCUGCAUCAGCCUCGGCAACCGCAACAACCGCAGACACUACCACCGGCCAAUGGGCUUGUACGCCCACUACGCCCCAUGGGGCAAUCUCCUCCGCCUCAAUCUCUGUGGCAACAGCAACAACCACCAGCACCAUCGCCGAUGAUGGGCCUUCUAAAUCCACCACAGCAGCGGCGGCAGCUUUUGCUGUCUCAGCCUCAGCAGCAAUCACAACAACAACCUCAGGCAAAUGCAACAGGAGAUGACAAUUGUUCUUGUGGCGAUCGCUACAACUGCACUUGUCAAGAUGGAAACAGAAACCAAGGAAAUGGCCAUGGCGAUUGUGCCUGUGGCGAUCGCUACAACUGCACUUGCCGAGAUAGAAAUACAGAUCAAGGAGAUGGAAAUGGCGAUUGUGCCUGUGGCGAUCGCCACAACUGCACUUGUAGAGAUGGAAAUAGAGAUCAAGGAGAUGGAGAUGGCAAUUGUGCCUGUGGUAAUAGGUACAACUGCACCUGUCAAGAUGGAAAUGGAGGCGACGAUGAUCCAUUAAACUCAAUUCCGAAUCAAGAUGGAGGCGUAGACCAUAGAUCAAACUAUUAUGAGGAAAAUGUGGAGGUAAAUUAUUCCUUCGAUUAUCAUGCAGCAGAUGGAUCAAGCGUGACGGUGGAUUAUUCGUGUGAAGUAGCGGAGGAUUCCUAUGUCCAUGAUGACUCGUACAAUUACUAGUUCGGUCAAUGUCUGCAACAUGCAUGUUCUCCGCGAUCAGAGCUGGAAGACAAGUUCCCUGAAGUCAUUAAAGUGAGAGUGUGAGACUCUGUAUCUCUUGUUUGACAUUUUGCGUGUUCUUGUUGAUUUUUAAAUUUGUUAUUUUUCUUAUCAUGUGCUCCUAGUUGGAUCUUGAGCAAAAUAUAUGUAAGCAGUAUUGUUGAUUAUGAAUAAGUGCAUCUCUAUCGUGAUUCGGAUGAUUA